GAAAAAAAUAAUAUGGUGUCAAAAAAGGUUAAUUUACGUAGUUAUUAUAAUUAUGCUAUUAAAUAUAGUGUAUAAAACGAACGUACUGUCGUGUUUAUGAUUUCCGGCGGUUCUACAUUGCAAAUAAGUUCAUUCCAUUGAUGUGAGAGAAUGUCUUCCUCUUCUAAUGUUCCUCACAAAAAAGUGUCAAAACAUUCUCCUCGUAACCCAAAGAAAAGUGGGAAACCAACCAGUGCUCGAAGUACCAGUCAUCGAAGCUCUGAAUCUUCCUCCAAAUCAGGUAAAAACAAUGCUGCUGGUUCUUCAUCGGUGGGAGGCCAGUGGGAUUCCUCUAUUCACACAAGUAGAAGGGAAAUAAGCAUACGUGUGAUUGAUGACUGCAAAAACUUAGAAGAAACUUUUUCCUGUCCUUAUGAUAUCCUCAUAAAUAAAAUGCCUUACUUUAAAGAUUGUUUAGAUGCCGAGCCAGAAGGAGAAUUGACAAUUUCUGUUCAUUGCGAUAUUGUUGUAUUUCGCAAAAUAAUGGAUUAUAUAACUGCUGAUUCACAAGUUGGUAGCAAGAAAUUCAAAUUUGAUCCAAAAUAUGCAAUUCAUUUGCUUGUGUCAGCGGAUUUUUUACAAAUGUCAGCACUGGUUGAAGAAUGUUUAAAUUAUUGUCAUCGACACAUGAAUAGUGUCAUUGAAAAUAAUUGUCCGAUUAAUGCCUUAAAUGAUGAACUCUUAACCAGGCUGGCUUUAUUGUUUAACCAUAGGGAAGUGGAAUCUCUCAAGGAUCCUUCAGGCAAAAUAAAGGAAAAACUGUAUAAGAUAUUGCUUGAAAAGUUACUGAAGCCGGAUGCAAAACUUCAGAAUCAACGUAUUGUGGCUAAAUUGAUGAAGUGUAAUUUAUGUGAACAAGUAUUUGCUACAAAAUUGCAAGGUCAUAUCAGUUGCAAGUCUAAGAAGGCUAGCAUUGGUCCAAGAGGUGAACUUGUAUACACUCACAAAAGGGACAUGACUUGGAAUCUUGAUCGGCAUUUAGAAGACAUGUAUCAAAAUCUUCAUUCCUGGAGAAAGAUUUACUGGCAAAUAUGGGGACUGAUAAAUAGUUUACAUUGUAUAACUUGUGGUACAAACUUUGCAUGUUCUGAUUUCACAAGGUGUCCUUAUCAUAAAGAUAACAUAAUUUUCCCACAAACAGAGCAAACUGAAAAUGUUCAUAAACCUGGAACCUUUCCUUGCUGUGGAGUAAAAGCUUUUAAAUUUGAUCCUGUCGAUCCUCUUUUCCUGCUUAGUGGUUGUGCCUAUAGAAAUCAUGCUGUCAAUGCAAGUGAAAGAUCCUCAGAUGUUUUCCAAGACAUGUUAACAUACUUUGAUUUAAUAUGCUUACCUCAACCCAACCAACCAAUUGUGAAUGAAAAUAUUGGCCUCGAAAGGAUAACUCCUUGUUACAGUGAAAGAGCUUUGUUUCAGUGGUUAAGAGCUUUCAGGCCAAAUGAUGUAGAGUUGAAAAAAGUGGGAUCAAAACUUAGCGUUUCUUCUGAUGGCAGUGGUUCAGUGAAUCGAUCAGCUGAAAGCUUAGCUGUUGGCAUAACUCGUAAAGAGGAAAGGCAACCAGCAGUAUUUGUUCCAAUUUUAUCAACAUUAGGUCAAGCAGAUGGUAUACCAGAUGUUAAGCAAAUAUGGAAACCUGGUGGUUCACUGUGGCACAAUCAAGAUGCAGUAAGAGAACACGAUGCUCGCCAAAUGGAACUAUUGAUGGUAGAACUUCAGAAAAUACAAUGUAGCUCCCGAACAAGGCACAAUUCCCCAAGAAGGGUUGAAAAGUAA